UGCGUGUGAAUGUGAUGGUGAGUUUGGGCGAUGCACUGACAGCUGAACGACACAGGGUACCAGCGAUGGGCGGAAAUGGAAUAAUCUAUUGAUGCAUGCACAUACACACUUAUACAAACAUGAUCUAGGUCGGUUUGCGUGGAUUAUGUUUUGAUUUAAUGUAGUAGACGGGGAGUCGUGAUACAAACAGCGCUGAUCGGUGGAUUUAAAUAGGCGUUUGUUGCAUUUAAAUGGCUUUACAUGAGCAUUUCAGUCUGCUCCGCUCACGGGUAUGAUCUUCUAGCUGAUCGCGAAGUCUGUGUUUGAUCCCGUCAUCCGCAGCAGUUACGCCACACCACCACCACCACCACCACCACCACCAUCACCAUCAUCUGUCGGGUGGGCUCCGUCGAUCUGUGGGUGGAUAUUUCUCUCCGUUACUAUAUCCAGACAUCGCGAAUCAUGGGGAACAGCACCUCAUGCUGCGUGUCGUCUAGCCCGAAGCUCCGGAGGAACACGCACUCGAGGCUGGAGCCAUACCGGCCCGAACCGGAGCUGAGCCGAGAGGACACGGGCUGCAAUCUCCAGCACAUCAGCGACAGAGAGAACAUAGACGAACUCAACAUGGAGUAUAACCCCUCAGAACACCCACGGGCCAGCACCAUCUUCCUCAGCAAGUCUCAAACAGACGUUCCUUUACCCAACAAGAAAGUUCGGGAAAAAAGGAAAAGUCUGUAUGUCAACCAUCAACAUCCGUCUGGUCCAAUGAGGCGCAAGUACAGCUCCUGUUCUACGAUCUUUCUGGACGACAGCACUGUCAGUCAACCCAACCUCAAGUAUACUAUUAAAUGUGUCUCCCUCGCAAUAUACUACCACAUAAAGAACAGAAAUGUGGACGGGCGAAUGUUGUUAGACAUUUUUGAUGAAAAACUUCAUCCACUUUCGAAAUCAGAUGUGCCGUCGGAUUACGACAAACACGACCCGGAACAGAAACAGAUCUACCGAUUUGUCCGGAUGCUCUUCAGUGCCGCCCAGCUCACAGCGGAGUGUGCCAUAGUUACACUGGUGUAUCUGGAGAGAUUAUUAACAUAUGCAGAGAUUGACAUCUCUCCUGCUAACUGGAAGAGGAUUGUGUUGGGUGCCAUCCUGUUGGCGUCAAAGGUGUGGGAUGACCAGGCUGUGUGGAACGUUGACUACUGCCAGAUCCUCAAAGACAUCACCGUCGAAGACAUGAACGAGUUGGAGCGGCAGUUUCUAGAGCUUCUACAAUUCAAUAUCAACGUUCCAUCCAGCGUCUACGCCAAGUAUUACUUCGACUUGCGUUCACUCUCGGAGGCGAACAACAUCAACUUCCCCCUGGAGCCUCUCAGCAGAGACAAGGCCCAGAAACUGGAGGCGAUCUCCAGGCUUUGCGACGACAAAUAUAAAGACUUGAGAAAAGCAGCCAAGAAGCGCUCAGUAAGUGCAGAUAACCUGACUGUGGUCAGAUGGUCCCCCGCCAUCAUAUCCUAAUAAAAGUGGACAUUGCGGACUCUUGCCAGAGACAGAGAAGAAGCGUUCUCUAAGAGGACACAUGUGCUUUAGUACCUCCACAACACUCUUGAGCCAGAGGCUUUUGUUCAGAAGAGUGUCCUUACUGGUCGUAAGGCUGCUGUAUAUACAAGACAAGACCCACACAAAGAUAACUUUCAAAGCUUUGGCUUAGAGGACAAAGAGGAGGACACUGCUGCUGCAGUUCAGAUUAACUGGAGGACAUGGAUGAAAGGAUAUAAAUGAUGGAGAAACUCCAAGUGAUGCCCAAUGACAGGAACAGCAUUCCAUCAGCUUUGUGUCAUAUGUGUUUGCCAUUAUAGGUGAGGAAGUAUUCACACAGGUUUCUCAGAACAUUUUUAUGUGCGCACAUAAAUGUAUCCUAACAGCCAAAAAGCUCAAGAUGUUUCCUAGACACAGUGGCCCCAAAAAAGUAGUUAGACUCUUAAGUCACACUUAAAACAUUCAAAUGUUUUGCAUUUAUAUAACAAACUAUCAAACAAAGUGGGAUUUAUUUUAUUGAAGCUUAUUUUAGAUUUAUUUUAUUUUAUUUUCAGAAUAUUCAAAAUUAAGUCAAAAGUUUUUGGACUUUUUUUGGUUUUCAUAGAUUGAAUAUGUCCACACUGGAGAUAAUGUGCUGAGCUUCAACUCUGCUAGGACACCUGUGUGAACUUUAGGCAAGUCGACUUCAUACAUCCGCUAAAAUAAACUUGAAAGCAGUUGGUUAAAAUGAAUCGCUAAAAUGGUUUCGAUACUUCGAUUUAGUUCUGGGAAAAGCUCUAGCAGCAUUUGUUUGCAGAUGCCACACAUUAUUUACAUACAUACUUUGUAUUUAAUUCAUUGACAUUCAGUCAUUUAUAAGUGUGACUUCAGUGUCCAAAUACUUUGUGGGACCAAUGUAAUAUUUCUGUCCAAACCAAAUGACUGUGAUGUGAUCAAACAACAGAAUUACCACUGUAGAUAUACAUACUGUUAUUUAAUGUUUUGUGAUCUCAUUUAAGACUUAUUAUAAAUUAAAAACAUCCUUAAUGAUGGUUUAUUAUUGUAAAAUUAGUUUUUAACAAUGCUUGUUCAUGGGAAAACAUUCGCACCACGAAUUCUUUAUUUGUAUUUGUUUUUUACUCUUAUUUUUUCCACUUUGUAAUACAUUAUAAAGACCGUGCUGUUGAGUGUUAUUAGCUAAGAGUAACGGAAGUUACUUUGCAGAUGGAGAUUUACUAAAAGAAAUACAAGCGGUGGUCCAGGGGUUUUCACGUGAACUUCCUUGAGCGAUUUCCUAUUAAAGUGCGUUAAGGUUGCGUGAUCCAGUUUGGCAAUCCCACCGCUUGAAAACCCAUCAACAAUGAAAACGAACCCUCGUCAACAACUUUUGGCCAUGAAAACAAAAAUUGGCCCCGGGGCCUUUGCAAGUCAUAAGCCGUCUGUGGUGAGAAAGGGUGAUUCAAAACUACCAAGGCCCCCCAAGGAGAGGGCCCGACAAUUUCUUUGCACUGGGGCCCGCAAGAUCCAUUUACGCCACUGAUUCCAUUCCAUUCUCAAUGACCAUGAACAUGUAUAACCUGCGCACUCUUUUAACUGGCUUAUUUUAUUCCCAUCGCUCCCCUUGCUUUAUCUAAUGACUUAGAUGGACAAGUGCUGUGUCACUCCCAUUCGACUUCUCAAAGCAAUACAUGCACUGUUUUUUACAUUAUUUACAUUGAUCUGAAACAUCCAUCAUGUUAUGAGUCAGAGUUUCAGAUUGUUUAGUCACAAUAAGUGUGUAGAAGUAUUCUAAUGUUCCCAAUCUUUGUUACUAAAGGUGAGGCUAAUGGAUGAAUCUCAGGAAACCUUCAAAAAAACAUAUCUGGGUCAAAUGUCACCUUAUGUAAUCAACAAAUAAGCAAAAAAACAAAUAAUAAAUUAUAUUUUGCAUGAAAACUAUUUGUUUGGUUUUAUGUUUGGUUGUUUGUUUGUUUUUGUUUUGUCUGUUAUAAUUAUUAUUAUUAUUAAUGACUCCAGUGCAGUAUUUUCUUUUACUGUAUUACAGUUAUACAAUAACUACCCACCUUUGUCCUGGGUGUUUUACUGGGGAAAUGAUUGUGGAUGGGACUUCCGCCAUAAAUGGCGUUCAAUAGCUCUGGCUGCAGUCAUUUUAAGACUCUUUUUACAGCUGGUGAUAAGAUGAGUUUCGAAUGAUCCGAUCCCAAAGGUCAGCGCUAAAUAUAGUUGUAAAAGAGGUGCAAUAUAGAUGUAGCCAAAAACCACAUCACAUUUGAGGUUUAAAACAGUGUCCUGAUGCGUCCCGGACAGCAGCAAAGCACCACCUCUCACCAGUCAGUCACCCGCCGAACAAAAGUUUAAAAAGAAAAUUAAAAGUUUAAAAAGAAAAUAACCAUCCAAUUCACAUUACAGUAAAUUCAAUUGUGCAGAAAAAUGUGCUUCCUUGCCAUUUUUAUUCUCCAUUAUUCUAAUUAUGUUCUAAUUACAGUAUUGCUUAUUUUCUUUACUGUAUUAAAGUAAUACAAAUUACUAAAUGCAUGUAUUUUUAUAAAAACUAUCAGUCAUUAUAUGAAUUAAAAUCAGUAAAAAUACUACUUUUUUUUUCACAUUUUAGAAAUAGAAAUGUAAUUUCUUUCCACGUUACGGUAAUGACAUUUUUGGUGGGGAGUGUGCCAAUGUCAUUCAGUUUAUUUAAUGAUAAUAAUAAAAACCUAUUGGAUUUUUUAUUUCUGGGUGAAAUGUGUCCGGACGUGUUUUUGAUGGGUUUCAUGAGAUUCGUCCUAAUCGUGCCACUGGUAUUAAUGGUUGGACAGACUGCUUUAUUUUGCUUGUCAAUUAUGAUGUGUCAGACUGUAGAGACUGAAUUGACUUUGAGUGGGAGAGGAAAUCCUGCUGUAUCCACUGCCAUGUACUUCUCCUGCGGUACCUGCAUUAAGCGGGAAUAUGGCCUUAGAUAUACUGUAGAAUAUGAAAACGAACCGUUUUAUCUUCCAUUCUCAUACCAACUAAAUUGUAUCAAAUUUAAUUCUAAAAUCGGUUCUUCCCAAUUCAAAAAAUCAGCAAGUGUUGAAUUGAUUUCUGAUACAUAUGUUAGAAACUUUGCUCAGAAACACAUUUAGAAUAAAGAAUUAGAACUUUAUUUUUUUGUAUAUUGUACAUAAUCCUACUGAAAGAAAAUUGGUCCUGAGAUAUUUUUAUGUGACCAGUAUUUACUUUUGUUAAAUCCUAAAUUCUUUAGACAACGAUGGUUUCAAAUCUGAAAAACAAUAUAUAUAUAUAUAUUUGGCUAGGAAGAAAGCCUUUUUUGAUCAGGAUUAUGUAAAUGUUCUGAAAUCUGACACUUGUUUUUAAGCACUGUCAUGAUAAACUGUUUUUCUUUUGUCAUCAAUUGAAUUUCCAUUUGAGUUAAAGCUUUUUUUUUUCUCACCACAAAUGUGAUGUAAAGCAAUUUCACACGGUUAUGUUGCCAUGAAUGUAACUGCAAUAGUUUAGCUUUUAUUGUUACUUUUUAGCACUAAUGAAAAAAUCCAUUUUUCACUUUUUGCAACAGAUGACAUCACAAUGCCCAUCAAUGUCAAACAGUCUAACUCCUCUAUUGAUUAUAAUCUGAAAGUUGUUUUAAAUAUAUAAAUUAUUUUAUCUCCAAUGCCCCAAAAAUGUCUUAACGUGAACUCCAGAGACAGUUUAAUGUAAAUGUAGUGCACACUUUGUAUAAACACAUAAAAAGGUCACACAUUUCAUACAAAGUUCAUUUUUGCAUUGUAUGAUUUCAUGACAAUUAAGCUCAUUUCUGUCCGAAUUCACAUUAAUGUAAUGUGUCUUUUAUUAUUAUUAUUAUUAUUCUCUACUGUAAUGCAUUAUGUUUUUACUUUAAUAUGUGUUUUAUUAAAAUCAGCAUCAAUUAAAGGCAGUACAAAAAAUACUAUCAUGAUGCAUAAAUGUGUUAUAAUUUAAAUCAGAUCUUGUUUUUCUGCAUUACAGUAGUGAGAAUUGGAAGAGUGCUUGCUUAAUUGUCUAAAAAUCUUAAUGGUCCUAAAAAAAUGGGCUUAAUCUUCAUGCUAAAUGUCAUUUCUAAGCACUGAUGUCCAGGUUACUUGAGCGCAACUUGAUUAUGAUGACAGCCAUGAUACUGGGCAAUGUGUUUGGUUUUGGUUUCCUUCCUAGAUAAAGGAAGUUUUACCAAAUUUCAAUAAAGAUCUGGCCUUUGGAAAUGGCGAUGCAUUAAACUCCCUUUGCACAUUGAAAUAGUGUGUUGUAAACUGUUUGAACUCAUGUAAGUAAAAAAAAGUGUCUUUUGAAGGAAACGGGAGACAGAUAUGAAGACUUAUAAAAGGCAUUUGAAGAUUGUAUGAUUCUAUUUAUUUAAUGUGAGCGUGUGAGGAUGCAGCCCAGUGUUUGAUACAAGGUGUUGUAAACUCAAGUCUUACAGUGAUAGGCGGCAGUAGGCGUGUUUUAGCCGUGUGCACUGAACUCUACCUCUGCACAGUGUUUUGUUUCUUAUUUAAUAUCUUUCUUGCUCUUUGUCUCUAUCUGUAAUCUUUCUCAUUUUGAUUGCGAUUUCUAGGAAAUUACAAAUUCAACUCUUUCAAAACAUUUAUACUGUAAGUGGUUUCCUGUAAGAAAAAAGAGAAAACUGCUGUUGUUUUCACUGGUUGUAUGGCUGUUAUUAUGAAUAAUACAUUGUUGUUAUGGUCGUUUGUUUCAAACCCUUCCUCUGUAUCUGUUUUCAGCGUUCCAGAGGCUGAAUUUUAUCUUCUCCGUAUAUUAGUUUCAUUCUACUUCCUGUUAAACUAAGUGAACCCAGUUGCCUGCGGUCUUCACCCCAGGACCUGGAGGCUAAAAUGGUCGCAUGCAGUCUUUGUUCUCAAACUAUGAUUUUAAUCGAUGCUCCCAGUUCAGAAGCAAUGUUUAGAAACCACCAAAAGAAUAAACAUAAAA